AUGGCCGCGGUCGCCAUCCCUGGCGGGGCGGCCGCGUUGCCGGCCUGGGCAGCGGCGGCGUGCGCGGCCUGCCCGGAGCUGGCGGUCUGCGCCGCCUGCCCAGCCUGCGAGCCGCCGCCGUUCGCGGCGUGCCCGGCGUGCGAGCCGCCGCCGUGCGCGGCCUGCCCGGCCUGCGAGGCUCGGGCGUGCCCUGAGCCGACGGCCGGGGAGAAGGCUGUGGAGAGGCUAGUGGGGGCGUUGCUGGGCGGCCUGGUGCACUGGCUGGCGCUCCCAGGCGAGCGCGUGGUCUGCCGCCUCGCCGACGAGGACGUUGACCACGAGCUGGUGCUGACGCACUACCCGGGGAGCGGACAGUGGUUUGUCCUGACCCCGGGCGUGGACAUCUACGCUGAGGACCUGAGCUGCAGCGACCCAGAGAGCAGGCCCUCGCGGGCCCUCCCCUUGGCGCUGCGUGCUCGCAGGAUGAGGAGGCUGUACCGCUUGCGGGAGCGACUGGGGCCCGACGAGCUGGGCGACGCGCGGCAGCGCGGUCGUGAGACGGCGCUCGAGCGGGACGCCACCCUGCCCGAGCCGAGGGAGGCCUCGGCCGCUGACGGCCAACAGGUCAUCUGGCAGGAGGCCGCAGGCAGGCUGUCGGCCGGGAGGCGUGCCCGCUCGCUGCGCCUUGGCUCGGCCAUGGGCCAGAUGGGCGGGCGACGGCUGGAGGCCCCAAGGGCAGGACAGGCCUGGAUCGCCCUCAGCGGUGGGCCGGGCAUCGCGAUCGGGACGGAGGUGGACGUGGCGAACACAGACGGCGUGAGCUUCGAGGACGGGGUCGUGCCGUUCGGCGUUUUGAAUAACGCUCGUACUCUCUGGGUCGACUACGACGAGCAGGGAGAGUGGUUCAGGCGAUGGACAGUCGUCGUGGGCGAGUCGUGUCAGGUGUGCCACCCCGACGUGAAGGUGGACGGGCCGCCCGGGGCUCUCCACAUGAGCAAGCACGUGGAGAGGCGUGGGGGCGACCCUCGGCUCUGGCUCGACGUCGUCGUCCGCGCGAAAAGGCUCGGCCAGGGAGAUUGCGAGACCAUCGUGGAGGCCCUGUGUCAAUGCGGGGUCUACGACCAGCUGGACAUGGGCGGCCUGAUGAUGGUGGAGGUGAUGACGCGCCGCGUGGUGGCGGUGGUGGAUGCCUACGCGGGCCCGUUCAAGCCGAGCGGGACGAUUGCGCGUUUCGUCGAGGGCGCGAGCUCGGAGGAGGACGUCUCGGGGCCCAAGCUCAGGGGCUACGUCCACCGGCGGGUGAAGGGGCGGCACGAGAUGGAGCAGGUGCAGAACUGGGCGCGUUUCCUGCCGCUCCCGCUGUUGGGUGACGCAGGCCGCCGAAUUCGCAGCAGGUCUUGCCGGGCCAGGCAUUUCGGGCGGGGGGCUCGGAUCUUGAGCGAGGUUAACGGGAUCGUCGACGCCAUCAACUGGAUGUCGGGUUACGAUUCGCAGCCAGGCCCUGCCAAUGGCAUGCAGCGAGAUGUACUUGCGCGCUUCGAGGGCCUCGUUCGGGGCCGGCAGCCGGACGCCAAGUUGCACGAGCCGCAGGCGGCCCUCCGGGAGCUGCUGCGGGGCCGCUCGCCCUAUGACGGGCGCAUCGGCCCGACGACGGUCGCCUCCUACAGUGCAGGGCUUGUCAGCAUGCCGACGGACGUGAGGGACUGCCCACGUCUCGAGGACCUGUUGCCUGGCGAGGCCCUUGCCUUCCUGCAGGAGCGCCAAGAGCGCAUGCUACGACCAGCACCUUUGCCGACCGACAUCGAGCCGUAUUUCGACUCGGUCCUCAAGUUCAACCGCAAAGAGUACCGCGGCCUGGUGCGCCGGCUGCUGUCGGCUGGCAUGCUGGGGAUCGAAGUGCACCUGCCUGAGGAGGGGCUCUCGAACUACGAAGACCUCCGCGUCGCGCUGGAGGCGCAGCAGGUGUACAUCGGCAUGGCGGACAUGAAGGAUUGUUUUCACCGAGUGCGGAUCGACGCAGCUCUCUCGCGAAGCUUCUGCCUGCCUCCUGUCAAGGCGGGGGCCUUCGGCGUUUCCGAGGUCGAGGGGGCCGAGGUGCAGGCGUCGACGGCGAUCUACCCGUGCUGGCAGGGGCUGCCCAUGGGCUUCAGCUGGUCGCUCUACUUUGCCCUGCGGGCCAACGAGGAGGUCAGCCGCCGCGGCAGCCCGCUCCUGAGGGAGCCUGGUCUCUCGGACCACGGGCCGCCGCUCGUGUUCGCGCCUGGCCGGGCGCCCCCGGAGAUCAGGCACUGCGUCUACGUCGACGACCUGGGGGUGUUCUCGCUCUUCUCCCAGCUCGUGAGCGGCGUGGUGGACCAGCUGACCGGCGAGUUCACCGAGCUGAACCUGCUGCUGCGCAAGGACGAGCUGGUGUCGGGGAUGGCGGUGGCGCUCGGUGCCGAGAUCAACGGCGGGCGGCUGCGCGCCCGGGUGACCGGUGAUCGGUUCUGGCGCUGCCGCCAAGCCGUGCGGGGCCUUCCUGCCCGCCGCCGAGUCAAGGGCUGGGCAGUGGAAGCCGUGAUGGGCCAUCUGACCUUCUGCGGCCUCUGCUCGCGCGGCACCCUGUCGGCUUUCGAUUCAGUGCACGGCUUCGCGCGGGCGCGCUACGACGACGCGGCCGUGCUAUGGGCCGAGGCGCGGCGAGGGCUGGCCGCCUUCAGCUCCCUGAUGUACUUUUUAGAGUCAGACUGGUGGCUGCCUUGGAACCCGAUGGCGCAGCAGUCGGAUGCCAGCCACCACGGCUACGGACUGGCGAGGGCCUUCUGGCCGCGGGAGCUGGUGGAGUCGGCCGCGCUCUGUGCCGCCGGCUUCGGUAUGAGCGAGAGUGGAAAGUGGGGACUCAGGGGCCUGCCCGACGAUGAGGAGGAGCUGAGCCAGUGGGACGUUGUGGGGGACUUUCCAGAACACCGGGCGUGCGUGGCCGCCGCUCUCGGAGCCCUCACCGGCGCCGGCGGGCAGCCAGGGGGCGUGGCGCGGCCGGCAGCGAGUCCCUGCUCCGCCGAUAGAGCCACCGCCGUUGCUGGUGGCUCGGCGGGAGCGUCAGCUGAGCGAGUCGAGGCACUUGAGGGCGGCCGUGUUGGGCCGUCCUCAUCCACGGAGCCUGGGGACCUGGCGAGGCUGCCUGUGCCGGCGGAGCCCGCGCGGGGAGUGCCAGAGAGCGUCGGCUCCUCCGACAGCGGGAGCUCCGAGCCCGAGGUCGUGACCGGCGCCGCGCGGCGGCGCAGGCUCGCGCAGUCGCAGCCGCGCCGAGCCCGCCACUACGGUAUGCCAGCCAGCGAGGAGGGCCUCUCCCUCCUGGAGCGGGAGGCGGUGCGGGCCCCGACGCAGCGCGAGUACCAGCAGGCCUGGGACGGCUGGCGGGACUUUGCCCGUCUAAGCUGGCCCUUGGUGGUCGUCGAGAAGGUCGUGAAGGGCUGGGGCGACCCCGUGGUAGACCCGGCGCUGGUGACCUACCUGAGCGGCUUGUACCAGGCCGGGGCCCACCUCUCCUGGGCCGAGAAGUUGAUGGCGGGCGAGCUGCGCUUCAACCCGGACUUCUCAGGCUAUGGCGCCCGGCGCCUCCCCCGGGCCUGGAGAUGCCUCCGGGCCUGGCGGCGCCCGGGGCCGCCGCGGACGAGGCAGCCGUGGGCGCUGGCGAUGUGGUGCGCGAUGGCGUGGCGCAUGCAGGCUUGGGGCAGCCUCCAGAUGGCGGUGUUCACCUCGGUAGCGGGGGGCGUGUGCGGCCGCCCCAGCAGCCUCCUGCUCCUGAAGCCGACCUACCUGGUGCCGCCGGCUGUGGGCGCGUGCGAAUUCUGGACCUUGAGACUCUUCCCGAAGGAGGAGGACCGGCGGGGCAAGACGGGCCUGGGCGACGAGGCUCUGGAGUUAGACUUGCCCUGGAUUCGCUUCUUGGACCCCGUGCUGCACCGGCCGGAAAAGGAGGGGCGCCCCGAAUGCCUGUGGAACUUCAUGUACCCCGAGUACUGGCAGAGGUUCAGCCUGCGCCUGCAGGGGCUGCAGGUGAAGGCCAAGGUGGUGCCGCAUCAGAUGCGCCACUCGGGGGCCUCACUAGACAUGGCGAGGAGGUGGCGGCGGUUGGCCGACGGGCAGACGCGCGGCCAGUGGAAGACCACCCGCAGCGUCGCCCUCUUCGAGAACCAUGCCCGGCUGGCGACCACACGGGCGACGCUGAGCAGCGCCCCGCAAAGCGUGUUCCUGGUCUACGAGGCUCAGCUCGCGGACAUCAUUUUGGGUCGCGCCUCGCCGGUCGACUCGCGGGAGCUCGGCCCCGCCUGA